AUGUCCAGCGUUGACAACGAAAAGCGAUGCAAAUGUGUUGCCGUUGGCGAUGGUGCUGUUGGAAAAACAUGCCUGUUGAUCAGAUAUGCCAAAGGAGAAUUUCCAGCAAAAUAUAUUCCGACAAUAUUCGAAAAUUAUGACUCCAGCGUUGAAUACAAACCAAGACAGUUUGUUACUCUUUCGCUUUGGGACACUGCGGGUCAAGAGGGUUAUGAAAACCUCAGACCGCUUUCAUAUCCAAACUCUGAUGUGAUAUUGAUUUGUUUUUCAUGUGUUUCUCCUGAUUCGUUCGAUAACGUCAGGACUGUUUGGUUUCCUGAGGUAAAAAAACAUGUAGCCAAAACUCCAAUAGUUUUAUGUGGAUUGAAAACAGACCUUAGAACAGACAAUGAUACCAUCAACAAACUCAAAAAAGAAGGCCAACAACCUAUCACAAAAGAAGAAGGAGAAAUGUUGGCGAAGGAAUUGAAAGCAGCUGCGUAUGUGGAAUGUUCGGCAUACACCGCAGAAAAUAUUCAAAAUGUUUUUCAAACUGCCAUUCUUGUUGGCCUGGGAGAGUUCAAAGCAUCACAUAACUCUUCCGGCAGUGGUUGUCUUCUUGCUUGA